AUGAACAUCUCUGGCUUUACAAGCGCUCCAAAAGAUGUCCCAGUGGCAGGCCCAUCCCGCAUAGACCGACCGGCCAGUGCCGCGCCGAGUGCCGCGCCCGCCGGGCCGCCGCCGCCGCCGCCGCCGCCGCCGCUGGAGGGAGACGACGACGUGGUCGUUCUGGACGACGAGAUGCUCGAGCUGCUCGGCCAAGCGCCGUGUAAAGACAAAAAAUAUGGCCCAAAAAUUCAGAGGGACCUCGCACUACGAUGGGAGUUUGUGGCCACAACGGGGCUGACAAAGGAGGAGCGUAAGGAGCUUCUCAACAGACAUCUAGUUCCAAAAAAUUGCCAAAAAAUAGAUGUACCGCUUUUGAAUGCAGAAAUCAAGGCAGCCUUGUUAGACAAUCCUAUCAAGAAAGACAAGGCCAUUGAAAAUAAGCAAGUUGUUGAUAAGAUUACUGACAACUUACCUACCGCUUAUGUCGACUCCACCGCCCUGCCAUAUCUUAAUAAAAUAGCAUUGGCAGACGACCAUUUCGCUACGCCCAACAAAAUCGAUGUUUUGAUUGGUGCUUCGCUGUUUCCGCAUUUGAUUCUUCCCGACGACGUGGUCUCCAGUGGACCAUCGGGGCCGCCCGCUAUUCAUACAGUGCUAGGCUACGUACUCAUGGGAGUCGUGCCUGCGCUCGCCGCCCGCCCAGCAUGCGUGACGUCAUGCUGCGCCAUAGUGCCACAGCAGCCUAUGGAUCAUUUAAUUACCCGCUUCUGGGAACUGGAAAAAGUCCCCGGCUCGCCCGUUCAGCACCCCACGGAUGUUGAAUGUGAACAUUUUUACCGCUCGACUACGGAACGUGACCCCGUGACCGGCCGUUACACUGUAGCUCUCCCGUUUGAUAAAGACGUGUUUUUACUUGGGGACUCCUAUAACAUUUCUCGCAAACGUUUUUUGUGUUUGGAGAAGAAGCUCGAGGCUUCUCCCGAGCUUCGUGCCGCUUACGAUGACGUCAUUAAGGACUAUAUUUCCAAAGGUUAUGUGGAGCCACUGACCGUUCCCCCGCAGGCGUCAUCGGACGAUUUGUCCCCGAGCUAUAUAAUCCCGCACCAUGGUGUCCUCCGCGAGGACAAGUCCACCACGAAGCUGCGCCCCGUGUUAGAUGCAAGUUGCAAGACUUCAUCCGGUGUCUCGCUAAACGAGGUGCUGCACAGUGGGCCAAAUUUACAAGGGGACUUGUUUAAAAUUAUUUUAAAUUUUCGCCUACACGCUGUAGCGAUGACCGCUGAUUGCAAACAGAUGUUUCUGCAGAUUAUGCUUCGCGAAUCUGAUAGACGCUAUCAGAGAAUUUUAUAUCGUUUUAAUCCAAACGAUCCUCUGGUUCUAUAUCAAUUUAAUAGAGUAUGUUUCGGUUUAAAGUCAAGUCCCUUCCACGCGCUCCGCACUGUGCAGCAGCUCGUCGACGAUGACGGCGCCGAGUAUCCCCGCGCGGCGGAGAUCGUCCCGUCCUGCCUGUAUAUGGACGAUAUCGCCUUUUCUGUUGAUACAGAACAGGAGGCGGUGGACGCAGCAAAACAGCUGAUUCAAAUGUUCAAGGGUGCCCAGUGGGAUCUUGUUAAAUGGAACAGUAAUUCACAAUACGCACUCAAUGAGUUGCCCGCUUCGCACAAGAUACCUACUGAGGUGGAAUUCGACAAAGCUACAGAGCAUAAAAUAUUAGGACUCGGUUGGUCUACUGAUAAUGACGACUUUUAUUUUAAAAUCGACCCUCCUGAUUUGGACUCAGUGUGUACCAAACGCACCAUAAUGUCAACGAUCGCCCGACUUUGGGACAGAAUGGGUUUCGUCGCGCCAACUGUAUUGGUAGCUAAGUUAUUAAUUAAGAAACUAUGGCAGCUGAAGGUGGAUUGGGACGAAGUCCCGCCCGACCAGGUAGUAAGGCUUUGGCGACAAUUUUGUCGCGAACUGCCGGCGCUUAAUGAGAUAAAAAUCCCUCGUUGUCUCAGCGUCGCGACUGGUUGCGAGGUGACCUUGGUAGGGUUCGCAGAUGCUAGUGAGCAGGCGCAAGGCGGCGUUGUGUACGUGCACGUCGCUUCUCCGUCGGGUAAUGUGGUCCGCCUUCUCUGCGCGAAGUCCAAGAUAGCACCCACCCCGCCCCAUACGAUUGGCCAGAGUUGCUCCUGUCAUUACUUCGCCAGAAGUACUGGAUUCUAUCUGCUCGGCGCGUAG